AUGUUAUCAUUUGAACAUUCUAAUGUCAUGUCGCUGAUUGGGGUAUGCAUUGAAGGAGAGAUGCCCCUACUAAUUAUGCCGUUCAUGCCGAAUGGGAGCCUGUUAGAGUUUUUGAGACACCACCAACAAGAACUAUUUUUCAACUCUGCCACUGAGCCACAGGUUUCAUCGGCUAGAAGCAAACUGCUGAAUGUGUGUCGUCAAGUCGCCACUGGUAUGGAGUACCUCGCGGCACACAAGUUUGUCCAUCGUAACCUUGCAGCUAGGAACUGCAUGAUUGAUUCGUAUGGAUUGGUCAAAGUGACCGAUUACUUUAGAUUGACUGAGGACAUUGUGUAUGGUUCCAGCUACAAUAAGGAGAAGGGAGAAGGUGGGAGUGAGGAGAAGGCACCCAUCAGGUGGAUGGCUCCUGAGAGCAUUGAAAACGACAUAUACACUGAAUCAACUGAUGUGUGGUCAUUUGGAGUGACGGUGUGGGAGAUCUUCACUUGUGGGAGGAUCCCGUACACUGGUAUUCCAGCCAUGGGUCUCCUGAAGGAACUGCAGAGAGGACAGAGACUGGAGAGACCUGACAAUGAGGCCUGCAGUGUUGAAAUAUACGAGAUUAUGAUGUUGUGUCUGUCGCUGGAAUCUCGCGUUCGCCCAAAGUUCAAGAGUUUAGUUGUGAGGUUGAGUGGUCUCUUACAGAGGGACUCUGGCUACCCUCAGCUAUCAGACCACUUCCUCUGCUGGAAACAGAGUUGUCCUCGACAGUUUACAGUGACUUUUGUACCAACUCUGUAGUGAAUGACUGUAGUCGUAUUGUGCUAGCUAUAGCUAUUAUGAUACAUCA